AAUUGCGCAGUUGUCGCGAGCGGAUGAUUUCGUGCGCACGCUCCCGCGCGUUCCCUUUGUGUUAUUUUCGGGCGGAAUCACCGUUCGAAGCUUUAAAUAGGUCCGAGUUUCCGACGAAGAAGACAGUUCUCAACACAACCGGUUCUAUAUGUUGGAGCAUCGCAGAUUAUUCGCCAUGCCAUCCGAAUGCACCGCCAGCCCGUUGCAACGGGAACUAGCAGACUCUAUAAUACGUUUGCAACCACUCGACGAAAUUCGUAUCCUGUUGGCAUGCGGGGCAAAAGCGAACGAGCCGGUCACGCAGGGUUUGAGACCGUUGCAUUACGCGGUAUGGCAGAGAUACACGGAGGCGGCUCAGCUUUUGUUGGUGCGCGGUGCGGACAUCGACGCGACCGACGAGUGCGGAUAUUCAGCGUUGCACCUGGCCGCCGAGCACGGUUACUUGGAUCUGGUAAAGUUAUUGCUCAAGCACGGCGCCAGGGUCGAUCAUCGACAGGAAACCGGCGAGCUUUUCCCGAGGACGACGUUGUGCGACGAACCGUUGCGACUCGCCUUGAGAAAUCGUCACGUCGACGUAGCUAGAAUCUUGCUGGAGGCUGGCGCAAAUCCAAAUAAAAGGUACUUCUUUGGAUCGGAGAUCAACUUGGUUUCGCCGUUGGAUCUGCAAUGCAUGGAACUGUUGUUAGCGUUUGGAGCUCAACCGAACACGAGAGACCGCGCUGGACUGACCCCGUUGAUGAAAGCGGCGAGAUUACCACAGGGUAUAGCUUCCGUGUUGCUUUUGCUGAGCUACGGAGCGGACGUUAAUUCCAUGGCCGAUGCUCGACACGACUAUCGGACGGUUCUGCACUACGCGAUCCUCGGCGGAGAUCCGGCGGUGAUCGAUCUACUUCUAAAGCAAGGCGCGCGUCUCGAUCUCGGGCCCGAGUAUCAAAAACCGACGGCCCUCGAUCUGGCCAUUUUGAAGGGAGACCCCUCGAUCGUCCAAAUGCUGUUGAUGUCGGGCGCUGACGUGAACGCAACCUCGCCGAUCAUCGGAUCGCCGCUUCAUGUCGCCUGCGCUGACAACAUUCCAAACAGACUGAAGAUCCUGUCGAUGCUGCUGGAGCGAGGCGCGGAUCCGAACUUGGUGAUACGCAGCGACGAAGGCCCGGCGUUGCGUCCAGUGCUCGCGGAGUACGUGGCUUCGAACGAGAACCCUUCGGUCGAAGUAGUAGCUCUGUUGCUCAAGUACGGUGCACGAGUCGUGAUCAAGACGCAGUUCCGCGAUCCGCACGGUAUACUCAACUCUCUACAAAAUACGGCGGAUAAACCGCGACUCUUGAAAGCAUUGCUAGAGGCAGCGGAAAGUUUCGAUCCUUGCAUGAUACGACGAUCGAGCAGUCUGACGGAUGCGCAGAAAGCGAUGGUGAUGGAAGCGGCGAGGACUCCGUUGCCGUUGACUCACCAAGCCAGAUUGAUCGUCCGAAAGCUCUGCGGCACCAAGUUACCUAAAAUCGUACGAAACCUUCAAUUACCUCAGUCGCUGCAUCGUUACCUUCUUUACGACUUUCAUUGACUACCUUUAUUUGCGUUUCGCUCUCCAUAAACGGAAGAGAGAGAGAGAGAGAGAGAGAGAGAGAGAGAGGGAGAGGAAGCGGCACGGCCGCCUAUUCGAUCAAAACCCCGAUCAUUUUGUCGGUAAAAAUCGACGAGAUAGACUUUUGUACCUUUACUUAAUGUCGAUGCAACACAUUUUUCUAUACGCAUACAUGUAUUAUUGUACAUAUACAACCGUACACAAGCGCCGUAUCGAAAGUUCAAGUUAAAUAAAGCAACAAUUUCGAAUUGA